CCCUCCUAACCUGUAGGAAAACACAGUCGGUAUUUACGCGCAACAAUUAUACUCAUCUUCACAAAAAAAUCACUGCUAUAUAGUUAAGACAAACAUCAUGUCUAAAUCUCCUAGAGAAUAUUUGCUUUCGCUCAAUGACGGCGCUUUCAAAGCCGCAACCCAAGCGCGCUUCCUCGAGCAAGCAGGCAAUGGUACACUCCAACCCGAUAUUCUUGCCCGGUGGCUUUCGCAAGAUCGUCUUUACGCCCAAGGCUAUAUUCGCUUUAUCGGACACAUGCUUUCCAAAAUCCGAUUGCCUGACACGCCGGGCGCUCGAGAGAACGGCCACCUACUCUGGCGCAUCACAGACGUUCUAAUUGCCGCCCUCGUCAACGUCCGUCGCGAGCUUCAAUUCUUCGAAGAAACUGCUGCGCGGUUUAACAUUGAUCUUACGCCGACGCUGGUCAGUGUCAAGGGGGCCGGACAUGGAGAAAGACAAGGCGAAGGUGAAGGGAUUGGUGCAAGUCCCGUCACCAGGGCGUAUCUCGAUUUGUUCAACAAUGCAGCCAGCCCAAGCGCAUCAAUUCUUGAGGGCAUGGUUGCCCUUUGGGCUACUGAGAUUUGUUACUAUACCGCGUGGCGUUAUGCUGGCUCUCACAAACCCAGCCCUGCGGCGGCAAAGAGCGACGAUCCGCUACAUGCUGAAUUCAUCCCGAACUGGACAAAUGAUGAAUUCGCCAAAUUUGUAGACGACAUCGGUGUCCUGGUUGAUGAAAUGGGCGCCUCCUGGAAACACGAUGAGGACGAGCGCAAGAGGUGUGAGGAGGUUUGGAAGCAGGUCCUAUGGCUCGAGGAGCGGUUUUGGCCCGUCGUUUAAUAAACUUGAAUUGUGGUUUCUUUUUCGAAGUGGGUUUGACUUGAUACCUUUCGUGCAAUCAGUUGCAGUGGUUUUGCAAUGGGAAAAGAAAAAGUCCUUGAUCUGAAAUGCAGGUUGAUCUCUCAGAUAAUGAAAGUGGGCGGAAAAUAUUUACUAUGCUGCCUGUGUGGUCGGAGCAAAUUUCAUUAGUCAACAUUCAAUCUUAAAAAUCAUCUUCACCUUUUACGCUUUUUGAAUUUUAGCAUUUGUCACGGACGUCACGUUCUCUCAAUUUAAUGGGC